UUUAACGCAUUCUACGUAGCGCGAAUUCCAGUUCCCAUUUCGCCACGCCAAACAACUAUCUCAUUUCUUGAACGAAUAAUCCAUUGGCAGGUUCGACUGUGGAGCUCUCUCUACAAAUCGAACGGGUCGAGGUCCAAAGUCACAGAGUUACCUGUACGGACGGACCAACUUCUUAUCCUCGCCGGACCCCGGUGCCGUCGCCGGAGCCAAACGGGGAAUAUUCGUCGGAUCAAAUCUUUGAUACUUGUGGCGCUGAAUUGUGUGCUGAGGCUUCUAAUUACUAUAAUCUAGUUUCUGAGGGAAUGACUUCUUUUGUUUCAACUGAAACUGAACUGCUAGAGGAGGAGGAUAUCGGUGCUGUUGUAUGAGUGGAGCCUUGGUGCUCAUAAGUUUGUUAUAAGAUAUGAAGACGGUUAGAUGGGAAGGUGGCGAUGCUAAUGAGAUUAAAGUGAGCUGAAUGAACCGCCACAGAUGCUUCCACCUUCACCCGGAACAUUUGUAGAUCGUGAAGAACUUAUCCAACAUGUUGGGGACUUUGCUGUGUCCCAGGGAUAUGUGGUUACCAUUAAGCAGUCUAAGAGGGACAGAGUAGUUGUCCUUGGCUGUGACAGAGGAGGUGUUUAUCGUAACAGGCGGAAAGCUGUUGAUGACUCAUCUUCUGAACAAAUCCGAAAAAGAAAAACUGGUACUCGGCUGACAAAUUGUCCUUUUGAAGCUGUUGGGAAGAAGGAUGAUGGCUUGUGGGUCCUUUCCAUAAAAGACGGAACACACAACCAUGAACCCAUAAAGGACAUCUCGGAGCAUCCCUCUGCUCGUCGCUUUACAGAGAGGGAAAUUUUGUUAAUUAAAGAAAUGACAGAAGCUGGAUUAAAACCUCGCCAAAUUCUAAAGAGACUAAGGCAAAGCAAUCCAGAUCUUCUAUCAACACCAAAGCAUGUUUACAAUGUCAAAGCUAAGCUCCGACAAGGAAAUAUUGCAGUGAGAAACUUCAAGUCACUAAGGCCCCAGAAAUCUGCUGUAAGAAACAAUUAUCUUACAGUUACCGAGCCAUCUUGGAGGCAGCGCAACCCUCCGAGGGUUCCCAACCUCAUUGGAGGUAGAUUUGUUGAUUCACAAUCCUCUGCAUCUAUUGAUGUUUUGAACCCUGCGACACAACAAGUUGUUUGUCAAGUUCCUUUAACUACAAAUGAGGAGUUCAAAGCUGCAGUAUUUGCAGCAAAACGGGCUUUUCCACUGUGGCGAAACACGCCGAUUGCGACUCGUCAGCGCAUCAUGUUCAAGUUCCAAGAGCUUAUUCGCAGAGAGAUUGAUAAGCUUGCUGGUAACAUUACUGCUGAACAUGGAAAGACAUUGAAGGAUGCAUAUGGUGAUGUAUCACGUGGACUGGAGGAUGUGGAACAUGCUUGUGGACUGGCAACUCUGCAAAUGGGUGAAUUUGUUUCCAAUGUAUCCACUGGGAUUGAUACCUACAGCAUUAGAGAGCCGCUUGGUAUUUGUGCUGGGAUAUGUCCCUUUGAUUUUCCGGCUAUGAUUCCCUUAUGGAUGUUUCCUAUUGCAGUCACAUGUGGUAAUACAUUCAUUCUGAAGCCAUCAGAGAAGGAUCCAGGGGCUGCAGUAAUGCUUGCAGAGUUAGCUGUAGAGGCUGGUCUGCCUAAUGGCGUCCUAAACAUUGUGCAUGGCACCAAUGACAUUGUCAAUGCGAUUUGUGAUGAUGACGAUAUUAAAGCUAUCUCAUUUGUUGGUCCAAAUUCGGCUGGUGCUUAUGUGUUUGCAAGAGCAUCAGCUAAAGGGAAGCGUAUUCAGUCCAAUGUUGGAGCAAAAAAUCAUGCAGUUGUCAUGCCUGAUGCAAGCGUAGAUGCUACUUUGAACACACUAGUUGCUGCUGGUUUUGGUGCUGCAGGACAAAAGUGCACGGCACUUAGCACAGUUGUUUUUGUUGGAGGCUUAAAUCGAUGGGAAGAUAAACUAGUGGAGCAUGCCAAAGCAAUUAAAGUGGGUGCUGGAACAGAACCAGAUGCAGACCUUGGUCCGGUGAUUAGCAAGCAGGCAAAGGAACAAAUAUGCAGAUUGAUCCAAAAAGGUGUUGAUACUGGUGCAAAACUCAUCCUUGAUGGGAGAAACAUUGUGGUUCCAGGAUAUGAACAUGGGAGUUUCAUUGGUCCCACCAUCUUAUCCAAUGUCACAACUAACAUGGAGUGUUACAAGGAGGAAGUUCUUGGCCCAGUUCUUCUUUGUAUGCAGGCUGACAGCAUUGAAGAGGCCAUAAACAUUGUUAGCAGACACAAAUACAGCAAUGGAGCUUCUAUAUUUACCACAUCAGGGGUAGCUGCAAGGAAAUUUCAAACUGAGAUUGAAGUUGGGCAGGUUGGCGUAAAUGUUCCCAUCUCUGUUCCGCUUCCUUUUUCCUCGUUUACUAGCUGCAAACCAUCCUUCGCCGGCGAUCUCAAUUUUGACGGCAAGGCUGGAAUUCAGUUUUAUACCCAGGUUAAGACAGUGACUCAACAAUGGAAGGAUUUACCGGGCAGCAAUGGUGCAUCCCUGGAAAUGCCAAGUUCUUAGUAGUAUGUGGACAGAAAGUGCUGUAUAUAUAUUUUUAAUUUUUGAUUAUAGCAGCAAAACUUCCGGUUAGUAGUCCUCUGAGCAACUCUCACAAGUGAAAUCCUUGCUUGUUUUUAUGUAUGAACCUUUGUAUCUUUGUCUUCACUCCAGGGCAUGUUGAUGUAUCCUAGAUGUGCAUAUAAUAAUUUUAUACCCCAAUCUUUAAGAUCCGUUUUUGUUGUAAAUUGUAUAUUAUUAAUUUUCUGUA